UGGGGCAUUCCCCUGAAACCCGUCGGUAUAAACCGGGACCCCUGGAACUCACCGGCUUCUAGUUUCUUGGAAAAAGCCGGGCACCGCCUCUCUACUGGGGACUCGCUCCCCACCUUCUCCCGUUUUCUAUCGUCCGAUUUCGCCAGCGAAACGAAGGGAUCUCCGCUUCAGAAUCGCUCCCGUGAUAUCUUUUACCCCUAGAGAAGAGAUCAACCCCCCGGAUUCCAGGAUGUUCUUCUCGGGGGAUGCAUCCAUUCGGAAGAGAGUGGACUUGGGGGGACGGAGCUCGAAGGAGAGGGAUCGGCAGAUGCUAUUGGACCAGACGCGGCUCGAAAGGAAGCGCCGGUUAGGGUUACGGCAGCAGUCCAACGCGGCUGUCAAGAUCCAGAAAUGCUUCAGAGGGAGGAAGGCUGUUGAAAUGGCACGUUCAAAGGUGCGAGAACAAUUCUGCUUUACAUUUGGCGACCAUUGCCAAAAGGCAGAUUGGCAUUGUUUUGGUCCCGAUUCAGAGUUUCUUCGCCAGAUGCUUUUCUUCUUUACUGCAAACAACAAUGGUGAUGUCAGCAUCCUUCUGGAGGCAUGCCAAAUGUUGCUCCAAUAUGUUAGAUAUAAUGGGAGUAUUGUAAGUCUCUUUGCCGGCCUCGAUUACUCUUCAAACAUUCUCUUGUGGUGCAUAGGGUUAAAAAAUUUGCGUAUAUCUGUCUGCAAGCAAUAUACCAGAAUAGGAUUCAUUUGAAAAAUCAAAUUCUGAUGCCGUCCAAGUAUUCUGCUAUGCCAACAAUCAUCUUGU